CUGCUGAUCGAUGAUUACAAAGUGGCCGGUCACUCGUUGAUGAUCUUUCGAGGGAUUGGAUUGUUUGCGUUUUGCUUUCCGCGUAGGGAAGGAAGUUGUUCGCUUCACUCGAAGGCUUGGUGAAAUUUGGCUUUUCUGCAGCGGUUUGGACGAAGUUUGAAGGUGCAUUUGAUGUACUUAAAUUCUAGUAGCUGGUUCACCAUCACCAGAAGAGUUUAAUAGCAGCAAAAAUGCUGAUCACCGUGAAAAACCUGGAACAACAGACCUUUCAGGUCGACCUUGAAUCAAGCUGCACAGUCAGAGAUUUGAAAGAUAGAAUAGAAAAGGACAGGGGUGCAAGUUACGCUGCUUCGUCACAACGACUCAUCUACUCUGGAAAGAUCUUAGAAGAUGGUCAAGUGCUAAGCUCAUUAGGCCUCGAUGAGAAAAAGUUUAUUGUCUGCUUGGUGACAAAAGCGAAAGCCCUAGAGUCCAGCGCCCCAGCCGCCCCCGCAGCUAGUGCCUCCCCUGCUGCCCCUGCAGCAGUUGCUACGAGUGCACCCGCUGCACCUGUGCAGCCAGCACUCCAGGCUGAACCUGUCGCUCCUGCAACUUCAGCUCCAGCAGCCCCUGCUGAUGCUGAGUCAACUCUGCUUACUGGCCCAGCGUAUGAGUCCAUGGUUCAAAACAUAGUGUCUAUGGGCUAUGACGAAGCACAGGUGGUAGAGGCACUCAGGGCGUCGUUCAACAACCCCGACCGGGCUGUUGAGUAUCUUAUCAAUGGCAUUCCAGGCAACAUUGACGAGCCCGUGGGAGCGCCAAGUGGAGCUGAUCUUGUGAUGAAUGACGAGAUUGUCGGAGGCGCCGCUGGGGAAAUGGAAGGGGACGGCCAAGACCCUCUGGCCUUUCUGCGCACCCAGCCCCAGUUCCUGCAGAUGCGGCAGGCCAUCCGGCGGAAUCCGCAGUUGCUGAACGCCGCCCUUCAGCAAAUAGGCCACACAAACCCCGCCCUGCUUGACCUCAUUUCCUCAAACCGAGAAGCUUUCAUCCGCAUGCUCAACGAACCUGGGGCUGGUGGAAACUCGCGUGCAGCUGCAGGUAGUGGAUCCGAAUCAGGCCGGUCUGGGACUGACGUGGGCGAAAGAAUUGAGGGUCACACCAUCCAGAUAACGCCCCAGGACAAGGAAGCCAUAGAAAGACUGAAGGAUCUCGGAUUCCCAGAGCACCUUGUCGUGCAGGCUUACUUUGCUUGCGAAAAGAAUGAAAACCUUGCAGCCAACUUCCUGCUGUCGCAGAACUUGGAUGACUAAAGGACUUUCCAGAAUGAAUGCGGGUGGCUGAGCAGCCUGGGGGACCGUGUGCUUGAUGAUGCAUUGAAGAUUUUAAAGACAAAAAAGCUCACACCAACUUUGCUUUGGCUUCAAACAAAUCUGUAUGGGAUUAUACCUUAAGAAGCAUUCGUAAAAUUAUGUUUAAAUAAAUGCAAUAUGCUUAAUAAGGAA